AUGUCAGGUCUUUCUUUCUUUCUUUCUUUCUUUCUUUCUUUCUUUCUUUCUCUCUCUCUCUUUUCUUCACUUUCAUCCAGAGCAAUAUUCCCAUUUUUAUUCAUGUGUCUGAUUUCUACUUCACACUCAUAUCUAUCUAUCUAUCUAUCUAUCUAUCUAUCUAUCUAUCUUGUUUCAUUCAUUAUCUAUCUAUCCAUGUAUCUAUCUGCUUUCAUUCAUUAUCUAUCUAUCUAUCUAUCUAUCUAUCAAUCUAUCUAUCUUCUUUCAUUCAUUAUCGAUCUUCUUUCAUUCAUUAUUUAUCUAUCUUGCUUCAUUAAUUAUCUAUCUAUCCAUCUAUCUAUCUGGUUUCAUUCAUUAUCUCUCUAUUCAUCUAUCUAUCUUGUUUCAUUUAUUAUCUAUCUAUUCAUCUAUCUAUCUUGUUUCAUUUAUUAUCUAUCUAUCUAUCUAUCUAUCUAUCUAUCUAUCUAUCUAUCUAUCUAUCUAUCUUGUUUCAUCCAUCUAUCUAUCUAUCUAUCUAUCUAUCUAUCUAUCUAUCUAACUAUAUUUUCGGGUAGUGUAGAGGAUAACAGUUCGCAGACUAAACUUUCUAUCUAUCUAUCUAUCUAUCUAUCUAUCUAUCUAUCUAUCUAUCUAUCUGAAAGACUUCCCAGCACGUGA